CGUGUCUCUACCCUCUCAAACCGCCAUCCCACAAACAUGGAUCAGGUAAUGCAGUUUGUUGAGCCAAGUCGGCAGUUUGUAAAGGACUCGAUUCGGCUGGUUAAAAGAUGUACCAAACCCGACAGAAAAGAAUUCCAGAAGAUUGCCAUGGCCACAGCAAUAGGAUUUGCUAUCAUGGAAUUCAUUGGCUUCUUUAUGAAACUGAUCCAUAUCCCUAUUAACAACAUUAUUGUGGGUGGCUGAGUCCUUUCUCAUCAUGUGUCAAGUGAACCAAUCAGGGGGG